UUCUCUGGGGCCGGACAGAGAAGUGUCUGAGGGAGACGACGGAGGAGGUUCGGCAGAUGGGCACCGAGUGCCACUACUUCAUCUGUGACGUGGGCAACCGAGAGGAGGUGUACCAGACGGCCAAGGCUGUCCGGGAGAAGGUGGGAGACAUCACCAUCCUGGUGAACAACGCCGCCGUGGUCCACGGGAAGAGCCUGAUGGACAGCGACGACGAUGCCCUCCUCAAGUCCCAGCACAUCAACACCCUGGGCCAGUUUUGGACCACCAAGGCCUUCCUGCCGCGCAUGCUGGAGCUGCAGAACGGCCACAUCGUGUGCCUCAAUUCCGUGCUGGCGCUGUCCGCCAUCCCCGGUGCCAUCGAUUACUGCACAUCGAAGGCCUCGGCCUUUGCCUUCAUGGAGAGCCUGACCCUGGGGCUGCUGGACUGUCCGGGCGUCAACGCCACCACCGUGCUGCCCUUCCACACCAGCACCGAGAUGUUCCAGGGCAUGAGGGUCAGGUUUCCCAACCUCUUUCCCCCGUUGAAGCCGGAGACCGUGGCCCGGAGGACAGUGGAAGCUGUGCAGCUAAAUCAGGCCCUCCUCCUGCUCCCGUGGACAAUGAAUAUCCUCAUUAUCUUGAAAAGCAUUCUCCCACAGGCCGCAUUGGAGGAGAUCCACAGAUUUUCAGGAACCUACACCUGCAUGAAUACUUUCAAGGGGCGAACAUAGAGACCGGAAGCAGAGACUUGCUCAAGGAGUCACGGACCUAAGGGGCCAAGGCACCCCAGGCACACACCCGGGCACCUGUCCGCUGGCACAUUUCUGCAAGGGAUGAGCGGAGCUGCUCAAGGAAGAAUCUGGCAGCUCCCCAGAUCAGCCCCAGGACCUUUGCACAGGACAGAUGGGUGUUAGCCCCCUCUCUCCCCAGGAGGAGACAAGAAGCCAGCCAGCAGCCACCUUGACACUUUGGUAUAUUUCUAAUUCUAUAGAGUUUAUUGUUAAACGGCUUCUCAAACCUAACCAGCCUCAGCAGUGUGCAUAGACUUAUUCCAGAAGGGUCUGCUUCCAGGAGUUCUGUCUUCCCCCACCACCCCCCCCCAGCCCACUCAGUCUCAGCUUGCACAAACUGGUCGAACGGCAGGAAUGAAAAAUAAAAAGAAAGAUGGCUUUUAUGA